AUGGAUUUUGAAGAUCCAGAUUUCGUGAAUGCCUUGCAUGAAGUUUUGCAUGGGUUUCAAGAAGAAGGAAGGCGACAACAGCCAAAGAAGGCAAAAGAAUUAUUGGAUGUGAUCGAUUUUGAUGAAUCGUUGGGAGAGACCAUUGUAAUUGAAGAACCUACCGAUGUGAAAGAAUCUUUUGUUGUGAUUGAAUAUGAUGUGAGUGAAGAAUCUAUGGUGAUUGAGAAGGUUUGUGAAGACGAAGAAGUAGAUGAGAUCACCUUCAUAUACAAGGCUGCACUUUGGUACGAACCAGAUAAAGGCAUAGACAAUAUUUCACUCCUUAGCGCUGAAACAGGAGAAGAAGACGAGGUCCCAAAGAAUAUUGCUGAUGUUACUGAUCUCGAUGGGAAAGAAGAAGUCUCUGAAGAAAUUAAUUUUGUGACUGGAGACAUAAUUGUGGAAAACGUUGAGGAAGAAAUCAAUAUUGUUGAUACAAACGAAGUUGUGGAAAAGGAGGUCCAGAAGCCGAAUUUGACCUUGUUGACAAGUGAAAUGGAGGUUGAAAAGGUUGAAGAAUCUGAAGAUGUGGUUGUGGUUCAGAAGGUUACGAAAGUGGAGCAGUUGGUACGUGAAGAAUACCCGAAGGCGAAUUUACCCAUGGAGUAUCAAGGUACAAUUCUAUCUAAUGAGGUUGCAUGUCAUUGUGAUCCAAAGGAGGCCAAGGAGAUGCAAAAUCUAGUUGGUGAAUCUUUGAAGAUGGGUGUUGACCGCAAAAGUUCUAAUACAUAUGUUGUUCCAAGUCCCAAAAAAAGUUCGCAUCGUUGCGAUCAGAGAAGAAGCUACAUUGUGAAUAGUGGAAUCGUUGCGAUUAGUGGAAUCAUUACGAAUGGUGGAAUAGUUGUGAUUGGUGGCAUCGUUGGUAAUGACGGAAUCGUUGCGAUUGGUCACAUCGUUGCGACUUGA